AUGAGCUCGGUAGUGGAAGCCGCGAAGCGCAAGGCCAACGAGGCCCUUAGCGCAGCUAAAGGUGCAGCAGAGGAUGCUCCUGCGGCACUUCAGAAAGCAACAGAGAAUCCAGCUCAAGCGAAGGCAGACUUUCUCCAUACUCCUUUCAUGCGAGCGGCGCUACCAUUCGUCAAUGGCGGUGCAGCUGGCAUGGUUGCAACAACCGUCAUCCAGCCCAUCGAUAUGAUCAAGGUCCGUCUGCAGCUCGCAGGAGAAGGAGUUAAAACCGGACCUAAGCCAACUCCUCUGAGCGUCGCACGAGAAGUCAUCGCUGCCGGCAAAGUGCUUGACCUCUACACUGGUCUCUCAGCAGGUCUCCUCCGCCAAGCGGUCUACACGACCGCACGUCUCGGGUUCUUCGACACUUUCAUGAAGUCUUUGAGCGCCACCGCUGAGAAAGAUGGCCGUAAAGUGGGGUUCAAAGAGCGUGCCGGUGCAGGUCUGACAGCAGGUGGAUUGGCCGCUUUUGUUGGAAAUCCAGCCGACCUCGCUCUAAUUCGCAUGCAAUCAGACGGUCUGAAGCCCGUCGCCGAAAGAGCAAAUUACAAAGGCGUCGGCGACGCUCUUAUACGUAUCGCCCGUGACGAGGGGGUCGCGCGGCUCUGGGCCGGAGCAACACCCACCGUCGUGCGCGCCAUGGCACUCAAUUUCGGCCAGCUCGCGUUCUUCUCCGAGGCGAAAUCUCAGUUGAAAGACACAUCUCUAAGUCCACGAGCCCAGACAUUGACUGCUUCCGCAAUCGCAGGUUUCUUUGCCAGUUUUUUCAGCUUGCCGUUCGAUUUCAUGAAGACGAGACUUCAGAAGCAGAGUCGGAGGCCAGAUGGGACAUUGCCGUAUAAGAAUAUGUUGGAUUGUUUCCAGAAGGUUAUCCGAGAGGAGGGACCGUUGAGGUUUUACCGUGGAUUUGCAACGUAUUACACGAGGAUUGCACCGCACGCGUAAGUCAUCGGCCAAGAUAUCUGGAGGCCAGAAUAUUCGCUGAUGAAUUCUUUUGCUGCAGGAUGGUCACGCUCAUCGUUGCGGAUUACUUGGGCUUUAUCACCAAGUAG